AUGAGCCCCAUUAAAUUAUCUGAUUUUACUUUUUAUAGUGCAAUUCAAAGAACACCAUUGCCAUAUUUUCAAGGUGCAAGUUGUCCAGUUUCAUUUUCACUUGUUCUUAAUAGUCCAAAUACUGGAGAAAUCAUUGAUCCUACAACUAUCUCUGUUUUUUCACCACCAUCCUCAGGUUUUUAUGCAACUUUGAAUUCAAUCAGUACUUAUCAAGUUAUCAUUUCUGAAGUCAUGAUAACACCUAGCCAGCCGAUUUUCGAUCUACUUUUAAAUUUUUCAGAUCCCACCGGUCAUCCUCACACCUACACACUCCCAGGAGUUCAAUGUCUACGUAACUAUCAUAUAUUUAGUGGUAUCAAAAAGAUUGAUCCAGCUGGAUUCAAUUUAGUUAAAAUGGGAAAAUCUGUUUUAUUUGAAGGUCAAAAUUUAAUCAUUGCCUCUGUCGAAUUUGGAUUUGACACCCUUACCACAGUUAGCGGUUCUGUUAAAUUUAAUACAAUGCCCUUUGUCUUUGAAGAGACCUAUUUCCCACCUUUAGGAUCUAAUAUCGUUCAAGACUACCAACUUCUUCGGUAUAAUUUCCACGAUUACAUAACUGUAGAAAGAACAGAAUCUCUUUUCUCCAAUCUCUAUAAUGAAUCCAAUUCUGUUUAUUUUUCCCCAUUUGCAAAGGCUGCUGCCAACCAAACUCAUUCAACCUAUCUAUUUACAAGAAGUUUUUACUCUUCAAUUAAUCCUGGGGAGCUGUCAACAUAUAUUUUGAAUUCAAAAUCGACAUCCUAUUCAAAUAGCUAUUAUGCUACAUAUCAACCUUUCAUAACUGUUGGAAGUUCAACUUUUAAUUAUCUGGUUAGUGAAGAAACAAAUGGUUUUCUCACCAAUGUUACAUCAAACAUAGGAAUUAUUGUUAAACCAGUUCUCUCUGUUUCUUUAUCUCCUUUUAGCAGUGACUCCUUCGGAUUUACAGUACCAUAUCCUUCAUCCUAUAAUUCUUCAACAAAUCAAUUCACAUACAAUUUUGUAUUACCUCUUUAUAAAUAUAUUACAAAUCUUGAAACAUUUUCUAUUUCACCAGGGUUAGACGUUUUUCCAACAUUUAAUUAUAUCACAAACCCAGCAUAUAAAUCUAUGGUUUUAAACAAUCUUAGUUUUCGUCAAACAACUUGGUAUCAGACAAUUGUUAGAGUAAAUAUUACUGCUAUGACAAACUGUCCAACAUCAUCUUUUGCUAUUCUCAAUACUAGGUUUGGAUUGGCUCAAAUGAUAUACACCAGUAAUUCAUACAGUGUUUAUGAAUAUGAAUUUCAUCCAAAUUCCAUAGAAGGUUAUUUCUUUAGGGUAUUCGACCUAUGUAACAAUAUGUUUACAUUUUAUAGUUCAUUGGCAUACAACGCAAAUAAUCCAAAUGAUACACUACCUGAACUACCACCACAAACAUUGUUAAUAUUUGAUACGGAUUUUACAUAUUUGGAAUUUUCAUCAAAUCACUUUGAUUUAACAUUGAAUAGUGCCAAUGUUAAACUUUUAUUCAGAUUGUCACCAGACAAGGUCAGAAAAGAUAUGGAACCCGCCAUUACAAUAGGAACCUAUUCAAGCAAAGGACUUUAUUCAGAAGAAUUGAGUGCUUAUGUUAUUGAUUUUACAAUUAAGAAGAAUACAGCUCCUGGAGUUAUCGAUUAUAAUUUAUAUUUUGAUGUUUUAGGUGUAUCAAGCCAGAAUCUCAUGUCAAUAUUGGGAAGUAAUGCGACAUUAACAGUUGAUAAUUCAAUUUUCGAUGAAAUUGCACCGAUGAUUACAAUGGUAAAUUCAUAUCCAGCCAAUAAUGUAUCAUUUGGAGCGUUGCCCACAAUGACCAUUGGUUGGGACAUCACAAUAUUUGACUCACCAACAGGUUUCUCAAGUGGAGUUGUAAAUGUAAUUUCCGAUUUAGAUCUUCUUCCAAGAACUUUUAAAAUUAGUCUAUCAGACAAAAUUUCAGGUUCAAGUACCUUAGGAGUAUAUCAAAUCAGAUUCCCUCUAAACUCUACUUGUCGAACCCAAACAUAUACUUUGGCCAACAUCACACUUACUGAUGGAAAUUCCAAGUCAUAUGAACAAGUGAAUCCAUUAUCCGGAAUUUAUGGAACUGUUUUCGAAAAUGAAACCAAAAUCACUGUAAAUUGUCCAAAAUUGUUGAUUGAUGACGAAGCACCAAAGUUGAUAUCAUUUUCAUUCUCACCAAAUACAAUUGAUGUCGGAUCAUUGAGCAGAACUGUUUUAUUUAGUCUGUUUUUACAAGAUAAUUUGGGAGGAUCAGAUAUUUCAAUCCGUCAUUUGCCAGUUAUCCAUUUAAUCUCAGAAAAUGGAAACUUUUUAGAAUUCACAACAAAUCUCACCAAAAUAAUUCAGGGUCCUACUCCACAGUAUAGAUACGAGCUUGCUGUAGAAAUCCCAUAUGGAUUUGGUGCUAGUCAAAUCUUUAUCAAUAUCUAUGGUGUUGUUGAUAAUUACAAUAAUUAUCGAUCAUAUAGUUCACUCGAUUUGAGAGGUUUAUCAUCCCCAUAUUUCAUCCUACGAAAUCACACAGUUAAUCAACCGAUAAUAGAAUCAUCAACAAAUUUAUUUAAAAAAGGAGGAUCACUUACUAUUUAUGGAAAAGCAUUUGGUGUUUCAAACACAUCAUUCAUCUCACAAAUCGAUUAUCAAGAUGGAAAUGGAUUUGUAAAUUUAGAUAUUGAUUUUCAUUCUGGAAUAGUUCUUCAAUACAAGAACAGAAUCAAACCAAUCACCUCUAAUAUUGUAAAGUUUAGAGUAUUUGGAAGUAAUGGUAUUGCAUCCAAUAUAUUCACCAUUCCAAUUCAAGAUUCAGAUCCACAAACAACAACCACUGGUGCUAUAUCUACAGCUGGUUCGACUACCACUGGAGGAGAAACUACAACUGGUUCAACCACAUCUUCACCAACAACAACACCAACAACACCACCCAAAUGUCCAGGAACACCAGAAUGUAACAACAAUGGACAAUGUAUUAAUUUUAUUUGUCAAUGUAAUCAACCUUGGUAUGGUCCAUCUUGUUCUUCAAAGAAUAUAAUUGUUCCAAUUCCACCAGCAUAUCCAGAACCAACAACAGGAACAAACAUAACAGAAUCUGGAAGUUUAAUCACAACAUCAAUUGAAAUCAUUGGAAUCAGAGAAUUGGAUGAUAUCAAUAAUAUCGUUGAACAAUUCAAUAUCAGCAAUUGGAAUUUCACAGAUCAAACAGCACCAACAACCAAUCCAAAAUAUUUCUAUUCAACACAAAUCAAUCAACGAUCAACCAUCUUAAAUGUGACAAUCGAAUAUUUCAAACAAUCAACAAAUAUCACAUUUGCAAAUCAAAAUCUAUUCAUUCCACAAUCAACAAUCAAAUUCACAAUGAAUCUGAAUUCAUAUCGAUUCAAACAACCAACCAAUACAUUACAAAUAUUGAUGAAAGCAGCGAUUGAAAGUGAUCAAUCAGAUGUUUGUUCAUCAUCUGGAUUUGGAUCAGUGAAUGGAUCGAUUCAAUGGAUCAAAUUGAAUGUUGGAGAUCAAAGUCUUUAUGGAAGAUUCUUAUCUGAUGGUAUGGUUGAUAAUACAGUUACACCGAUCAAGAAUGUUAUCAUUGAUCAAGACGAUAUCGAUUCAGAGCAAAGUAAGCAAUCAAGAUCAGCAAUUGUUGGAAUCACAAUUCCAUCAUAUUCAGACUCUGUCGAUUUAGAUCCUGAUUUCUCUAAUCUUGUCGAUGUUGGUUCAAGUGACACAUCCGAUUUCAUUUGUCCAAAGAAAGGAUUAUCGAAUGGUGCAAUUGCUGGUAUCGUUGUUGGUGGUGUCGUAUUUGUUGCAGUCUCAGUUGGUGCUGUAUUAUUAUUCAUGAGAAAAAGAAAAACUAAAAAAGAAGAAAAGAGAGUGAAGAAAAGAUUGUCAGAGCUUAGACAAAAUAAUGAUAAAGAUUUUGCAAUCCAAAGAACACCAUUUCCUUAUAUUCAAGAUGCAAGUUGUCCUAUUGCUUUUUCACUAGUUCUCAAUGACCCAAAUACUGGAGAAAUCAUUGAUCCUACAACUAUCACUGUUUUCUCACCACCAUCCACAAAUUUUCGUGUCUCUUUGAAUUCAGUCAGUACUUAUCAAGUUAUCAUUUCUGACGUCAUUGUAACACCUGGCCAACCGAUUUUCGAUCUAGUUUUAAAUUUAUCAGAUGCGACCGGCAAACCUUUAACUUACACACUCCCAGGAGUUCAAUGUCUACAGGUUGAUCCUGCUGGAUUCAAUUUAGUUAGAAUGGGACAAGCUGUUUUAUUUCAAAACUCAAUUAUUGCCUCUGUCGAAUUCGGAUUUGACACACUACCUACUACUAGUGGUACUGUUACUUUAAAUACAAUGCCUGUAGUUUUUGAAGAGGUCUAUUUUCCACCUUCAGGAUCAAAUAUCAUUCAAGACUACCAACUUCUUCAAUAUAAUCUUCUCGAUUACAUAACUGUGGAAAGAACAGAAUCUCUUAUCUCCAUCUUAUCUAACUUUUCCAUAUCUAAUUUUGCUCCAUUUGUCAAGGUUGUUGCUAAUCAAACACAUUCAACAUAUCUAUAUACAAGAUAUCUUUCGGGUACCGUUCAAGCUGGACAGCUAUCAACAUAUAUUUUGAAUUCAAAAUCAACUUCCUAUUCAAAUAACUAUCAUACUACAUAUCUACCUUUAAUAACAAUUGGAAGUUCAACUUUUAAUUAUCAGGUUAAUGAAGAAACAAAUGGUUUUCUCACCAAUGUUACAUCAAACAUAGGAAUUAUUGUUAAGCCCGAACUCUACGUUGUAAUAUCUGGUUUUGGAGCCAACUCUUUCCAAUUUACAGUACCAUAUCCUUCAUCUUAUAAUUCUUCAACAAAUCAAUUCACAUACAAUUUUGUAUUACCUCUUUAUAAAUAUAUUACAAAGCUUCAAGUUUUUUCUAUAUCACCUGGGCUAGAAGUUUUCCCAACAUUUAAUUAUAUCACAAACCCAGCAUAUAAAUCUAUGGUUUUAAACAAUCUUAGUUUUCGUCAAACAACUUGGUAUCAGACAAUUGUUAGAGUAAAUAUUACUGCUAUGAUAAACUGUCCAACAUCAUCUUUUAUUUUUGGCCAUUUAAAGUUUGGAUUGGCUCAAAUGAUAUUCACCAGUGAUUCACACAGUGUUUAUGAAUAUGAAUUUUAUCUAAAUUCUAUCAAUGGCUAUAAUUUUAGAGUAUUGGAUCUAUGUAACAACAUGUUUACAUUUUAUAAUUCAUUGGCAUACAACGCAAAUAAUCCAAAUGAUACACUACCUGAACUACCACAAACAUUGCUAAUAUUUGAUACGGAUUUUACAUAUUUGGAGUUUUCAUCAAAUCACUUUGAUUUAACAUUGAAUAGUGCCAAUGUUAAACUUUUAUUCAGAUUGUCACCAGACAAGGUCAGAAAAGAUAUGGAACCUGCCAUUACAAUAGGAACCUAUUCAAGCAAAGGACUUUAUUCAGAAGAAUUGAGUGCUUAUGUUAUUGAUUUUACAAUUAAGAAGAAUACAGCUCCUGGAGUUAUCGAUUAUUGGCUAGAUUUUCUUGUUUCCGGAGUAUCUUGUGAGAAUCUCAUGUCAAUAUUGGGAAGUAAUGCGACGUUAACAGUUGAUAAUUCAAUUUUCGAUGAAAUUGCACCGAUGAUUACAAUGGUAAAUUCAUAUCCAGCCAAUAAUGUAUCAUUUGGAGCGUUGCCCACAAUGACCAUUGGUUGGGACAUCACAAUAUUUGACUCACCAACAGGUUUCUCAAGUGGAGUUGUAAAUGUAAUUUCCGAUUUAGAUCUUCUUCCAAGAACUUUUAAAAUUAGUCUAUCAGACAAAAUUUCAGGUUCAAGUACCUUAGGAGUAUAUCAAAUCAGAUUCCCUCUAAACUCUACUUGUCGAACCCAAACAUAUACUUUGGCCAACAUCACACUUACUGAUGGAAAUUCCAAGUUAUAUGAACAAGUGAAUCCAUUAUCCGGAAUUUAUGGAACUGUUUUCGAAAAUGAAACCAAAAUCACAUUAAAUUGUCCUAAAUUGUUGAUUGAUGACGAAGCACCAAAGUUGAUAUCAUUUUCAUUCUCACCAAAUACAAUUGAUGUCGGAUCAUUGAGCAGAACUGUUUUAUUUAGUCUGUUUUUACAAGAUAAUUUGGGAGGAUCAGAUAUUUCAAUCCGUCAUUUGCCAGUUAUCCAUUUAAUCUCAGAAAAUGGAAACUUUUUAGAAUUCACAACAAAUCUCACCAAAAUAAUUCAGGGUCCUACUCUACAGUAUAGAUACGAUCUUGCUGUAGAAAUCCCAUAUGGAUUUGGUGCUAGUCAAAUCUUUAUCAAUAUCUAUGGUGUUGUUGAUAAUUACAAUAAUUAUCGAUCAUAUAGUUCAAUCGAUUUGAGAGAUUUAUCAUUCCCAUAUUUCAUCAUAAGAAAUCACACAGUUAAUCAACCGAUAAUAGAAUCAUCAACAAAUUUAUUUAAAAAAGGAGGAUCACUUACUAUUUAUGGAAAAGCAUUUGGUGUUUCAAACACAUCAUUCAUCUCACAAAUCGAUUAUCAAGAUGGAAAUGGAUUUGUAAAUUUAGAUAUUGAUUUUCAUUCUGGAAUAGUUCUUCAAUACAAGAACAGAAUCAAACCAAUCACCUCUAAUAUUGUAAAGUUUAGAGUAUUUGGAAGUAAUGGUAUUGCAUCCAAUAUAUUUACCAUUCCAAUUCAAGAUUCAGAUCCACAAACAACAACCACUGGUGCUAUAUCUACAGCUGGUUCGACUACUGGUGGUUCUACCACUGGAGGAGAAACUACAACUGGUUCAACCACAUCUUCACCAACAACAACACCAACAACACCACCCAAAUGUCCAGGAACACCAGAAUGUAACAACAAUGGACAAUGUAUCAAUUCAAUUUGUCAAUGUUAUCAACCUUGGUAUGGUCCAUCUUGUUCUUCAAAAAUUGUUAUUAUUCCAAUUCCACCAGCAUAUCCAGAACCAACAACAGGAACAAACAUCACAGAAUCUGGAAGUUUAAUCACAACAUCAAUUGAAAUCAUUGGAAUCAGAGAAUUGGAUGAUAUCAAUAAUAUCGUUGAACAAUUCAAUAUCAGCAAUUGGAAUUUCACAGAUCAAACAACACCAACAACCAAUCCAAAAUAUUUCUAUUCAACACAAAUCAAUCAACGAUCAACCAUCUUAAAUGUGACAAUCGAAUAUUUCAAACAAUCAACAAACAUCACAUUUGCAAAUCAAAAUCUAUUCAUUCCACAAUCAACAAUCAAAUUCGCAAUGAAUCUGAAUUCAUAUCGAUUCAAACAACCGACCAACACAUUACAAAUAUUGAUGAAAGCAGCGAUUGAAAGUGAUCAAUCAGAUGUUUGUUCAUCAUCUGGAUUUGGAUCAGUGAAUGGAUCGAUUCAAUGGAUCAAAUUGAAUGUUGGAGAUCAAAGUCUUUAUGGAAGAUUCUUAUCUGAUGGUAUGGUUGAUAAUACAGUUACACCGAUCAAGAAUGUUAUCAUUGAUCAAGACGAUAUCGAUUCAGAGCAAAGUAAGCAAUCAAGAUCAGCAAUUGUUGGAAUCACAAUUCCAUCAUAUUCAGACUCUGUCGAUUUAGAUCCUGAUUUCUCUAAUCUUGUCGAUGUUGGUUCAAGUGACACAUCCGAUUUCAUUUGUCCAAAGAAAGGAUUAUCGAAUGGUGCAAUUGCUGGUAUCGUUGUUGGUGGUGUCGUAUUUGUUGCAGUCUCAGUUGGUGCUGUAUUAUUAUUCAUGAGAAAAAGAAAAACUAAAAAAGAAGAAAAGAGAGUGAAGAAAAGAUUGUCAGAGCUUAGACAAAAUAAUGAUAAAGAUUUUUCAUCUCAAGGAGAAGGUACAAAUAAGUUAUUUAUUUUUAAAACAACCGUUCUUCUUCCAGCUGGAGGACCUUCUGGUAUCACCAAGUUCAUUCUAGAUUUAGAUAUAGCAUCGUCAUCUUCUGUUAACAAAUUUCAAUUAUAUGGAUUUCAAUGUUAUGAGUUUGAUAUGAAUAGUUUUGAUAUUGGUUUCGUUGGACAACCUGUACUCUAUGAUGAUGUUGGCAAGAUAUCUGUUAGUUUUGAAAUGGUUUCACCUCUAAACCAAUCGAUUACCCCAGUGGGUGGAGUACUAGGUAAUUCUUUUAGUUGUGCUGGUCUAUCUUUAGUUGGUGGAAAGUAUGGAAAUAUUUUGUUUGGUAUGAAUUCAGGAUAUACCAAUCCACUACCAUCCAAUAUCUCUGCAACCUUAACAUUUAGAGGAAGGACAAUAGUAUUUAAUGUUACAAAUAUAUUCCCAUCAUCAACUAGAACCUCUGUUGUUGUUAGUGAAACCUUUGCACCUGCUUCUGGAUUAACAAUACAACAAGACUACCAACUUGCAAAUCUACAAUCCAACCAUUUCCUUACAGUUUCUAACCCCAACUCUUAUUUUGUUGUUGAUAUCACUGGUACACAAUACCCUUUCAGAAGAUCUAAAUCCAAUUCUACACAUACAGUUUAUUCCCAACGAAAUAAUUAUAUCUCGAUGACAGUUGGUUUUUUAAAAACUUAUGUUUUAGAUAAAACUUCUACUUUAUAUUCUAGUUCAUAUGGUGCAACAUAUAAUUUGAAUUCUCAAUAUCAAAAUUCUAAAUUUGUAGCUUCACCAAGAUUUGAUUCAAAAUCGAAUACUAUUUUCUUAAACUGUACAGCUACCACCUUUUUUAAUUAUAAUGUUCUAUAUAAAUAUCAAAUUUUAAAUUCCCCAGGUCAAUUCAAUCUAAGAGCUCCUUACCCAUCAUUUAACAAUGUAACAGGAGAUGGUUCUUUCACCUAUUACUUUGAGCUUCCUUUCUAUAAAAAUGUGACACAACAAUAUCCAGAAUUAAUUGUAUUUCCAGCUGGUCUAAAUACUGUUAGUUUAAUGUUACUCGAUAAAUCAAUAGUAUUUAAUAUUAUUUUGAAUAAUGUUACUUUUAGACAAGUAUCAUGGAGUACUGUUUUAGUUAGAAUGAAUGUUUCAUCAACUAAUUGUCCAGUCGAUGCCUUUAUGAUUGGACAAACACCAUUUAAUUCCUCAAUAUUGGUUUAUGGUGAUCAUUUUAAUGGGGUAUACGAAGCAGAAGUCUAUUUUCCACCACUAGCAGACGCUCAAAUAACAAUCUAUGAUGGAUGUAACCAUCAAAGUGUAUUCCCAAUCUCUUUGAAUUAUAAUCCUGAUAAGCCAACCAUUACUCUUUCAAAUCUUCCAAAUUUAGAAUAUUAUGUUUAUCCAAGUAACAUAUCAUAUUUCUCUUUCCUAACCAAUGAUAUCGAUUUAACUGCCACUGGUGAUAUUGUUGUUACACUACAAUUCAAAUUAAAGAUUCCAGUAAAAACGUUAACUCCAUCGAUAACUCUGGCAAACAUUGCUUAUGAGCAAUUUGGUGCAUACGAUAACAGUUUAAAUCUUUAUGUUAUCAAUUUCAAUGUAUCGCAAAAUAAUCCUCAUGGAAAUAUUUUCUAUACUCUUAAAUUCAGUCCAAUUUUCCAAUUGACAGUCGAUAUUUUACAGUCAUAUAUGGGCAACAAUGCUACACUAAGAAUAUCAAAAUCAAAUUGUGAUUAUAUUAAUCCUAUGAUCGUAACUUUGAUGGCAAUUCCUAGUAAUAGUAACUCUUUUCCUACUGACUCUACAACUAUAAAUAUUGGAUGGCAAAUGAGAAUUACCGAUCCCAGUGGAUUUGCUGGGGGUACUGUCCAGGUGAUUUCCGAUUAUGACUUGAACCCUAGAUCAUUUGUUAUUACAUCAUUUACCAACAGAAAAAGUGGUAACGAAUAUGAUGGAACCUAUGAAUUUACUUUCCCAGUGACUGGAAAAUGUCGAAAUCAAGUAUUUAAAAUUGUCAAUGCUACAUUCUUUGAUAUGAACUCUCCAGCCACUGAAUAUACGCCUUUCGAUCCUCUCACUCCAAUCUAUGGUUCUGCAUAUGAACAACAAAUUAAAAGUUACAUUUAUUGUAAUUCCUUUACUAUGGAUGCAACAGCUCCAACUUUAACUAAUUUUAAUAUGACACCAAGUGUGAUCGAUGUUGGAAGAAUUAAUAGAGAGGUAACACUGAAUCUUACUGUUUUAGAUACGGGUGGAUCAGAUGUCUCUAUGAAAAAUCCACCUGUGGUGCAAUUGACCUCUGAAAAUGGAAAUUCACUUGAUGUUACCACUAAAUACAUAGGAUUAACAGAAGGACCAAGUGGCUAUGAAUACAGAUUCUCAGCUGUUCAACAAUUACCUUUUGGAUUUGGUUUUACCAAGAUCUUUGCUAAUGUAUUUGGAAUCAAUGACGACUUCCAAAACUAUAGAUCAUAUAGUCCAUCUGAUUUAGAUAGUCUUGGCUUUCCUUAUUUUAUCACCAAAACAUUCUCUACUAUCCAACCAAUUAUUGAAAGUUCAUCUAGAUUGACAAGCAAUGGUGUAUAUUUAACAAUCUAUGGAAAAUCAUUUGGAUUGAAUCCCAAUGGUUUCGUUUCACAGAUUAACUACAAUGAUGGCAAUGGAUAUCAAAAUCUCACAUCUAUUUUCCAUUCCGGUGUCAUUUUACAAUAUAACAACCUUAUUAAUCCAAUUGACUCAAAUUUUGUAUUUUUCAGAGUUAUAAAAGAUAACAUCGCAUCCAAUGAAUUGAAUAUCACAGUUUACUUUGAAGCUCCUUUUACACCUGAAACUACUACCACCACAACCACAGGAUCUCCCACUACUACAGGGGGAGAAUCCACCACAGGUGGAGAAACUUCCAGUACCACAGGAUCUACCACAGCAACACCUACCUCAACACCAAAACCCCAAACAUGUCUAGGAACACCAGAAUGUAACAACAAUGGACAAUGUAUUAAUCUUAUUUGUCAAUGUAAUCAACCUUGGUAUGGUCCAUCUUGUUCUUCAAAAACUGUUAUUAUUCCAAUUCCACCAGCAUAUCCAGAACCAACAACAGGAACAAACAUAACAGAAUCUGGAAGUUUAAUCACAACAUCAAUUGAAAUCAUUGGAAUCAGAGAAUUGGAUGAUAUCAAUAAUAUCGUUGAACAAUUCAAUAUCAGCAAUUGGAAUUUCACAGACCAAACAACACCAACAACCAAUCCAAAAUAUUUCUAUUCAACACAAAUCAAUCAACGAUCAACCAUUUUAAAUGUGACAAUCGAAUAUUUCAAACAAUCAACAAAUAUCACAUUUGCAAAUCAGAAUCUAUUCAUUCCACAAUCAACAAUCAAAUUCACAAUGAAUCUGAAUUCAUAUCGAUUCAAACAACCGACCAACACAUUACAAAUAUUGAUGAAAGCAGCAAUUGAAAGUGAUCAAUCAGAUGUUUGUUCAUCAUCUGGAUUUGGAUCAGUGAAUGGAUCGAUUCAAUGGAUCAAAUUGAAUGUUGGAGAUCAAAGUCUUUAUGGAAGAUUCUUAUCUGAUGGUAUGGUUGAUAAUACAGUUACACCAAUAAAGAAUGCUAUUAUUGAUCAAGACGAUAUCGAUUCAGAACAAAACAAACAAUUCCGAUCAGCAAUUGUUGGAAUCACAAUUCCAUCAUAUUCAGACUCUGUCGAUUUAGAUCCUGAUUUCUCGAAUCUCAUUGAUGUUGGAUCAAGUGACACAUCCAAUGUUAUAUGUUCACCAAAGAAAGGAUUAUCGAAUGGCGCAAUUGCUGGUAUUGUAGUUGGUGGUGUAUUGUUCGUUUCUAUAAUAAUUGGAACUACCUUAUUUUUAGUAAAGAGAAAAGAAUUGAAAGAACAUGAUCGAAAAAUACAAAAACGUAUUGAAAUGAAUAAGCGAGGACUGUAA